GUUAUAAGCAACAGCAAUAGCAACCAUGCAAAAACUAACCCAGGUGUUUGUAAUUGGGGGUCUUCUCAGAUUCUUGAUACCUUCACUCAUCCCACUGGUUGUCCAAGCCCUUGGAUCAACCGUGGAACUAUCCACACCCAUAAACUCAUACAAAUCAUUACAAGAAGCAUUCUACUAUUUACAACAGGGAAUUGACUUGUAUGACGGAGGCGUCAACCAUCAUCCACCAUUGCUAGUCAUUAUCCUUUCCGUAUUCCAGUCAUUGCCGUUUAAAGAAGUAUGGUUCAAUUUAGUGUACACGUUGUGCGAUUUGUUUAUUGCCUGGAAAUUAAUCCAGAUUAACCGGUGGUACAACUUUUACUCAGCCAAGAGAUACGGCAAGAAGAAUGAACGGUUUAGUGAUGAUAUCAUUGCCAGUUUCUACUUGUUUAACCCGUUAAUUGUGUUGACCAACUUGGCCCAUUCGACAAUUGUGUUUACCUGGGUGUUCCUUAUGGAAUCGAUCUACCAAGUCAUAUUCACAGGUAACGUCCCCAGAUCAAUGAUUGCCUUGGGUAUUUCUACAUACCUUUCCUUCAACUCGGUGUAUUUAUUACCACCAAUUAUAGCAUUUGCUCAUGCCAUGACCCCCACCAAUAUCCACCGGGUUUAUAUUGAAGGGUUUGCCAUAUACUUUGCUGCGGUGGCAUUGCUCAUUAUGUCCUCCUUUACGUGUACAUCGUCGUGGAAUUUCCUCGACCAAUGUUACUUGACAAACAUCUUAUUAAAGAAAAUCACUCCUAAUGUGGGAUUGUGGUGGUACAUAUUCACGGAAAUGUUUGACUUUUUCACGCCAUUUUACCUUGGUUUGUUCAAUAUCUAUACCUUGGUCUAUGUCAUUCCCAUCACCAUCAGAUUAUUCCAAUUCAGAUCAAACAAGAAGUUAGGAGACUCGUUCUUGGCCAUCGUAUUGGUAUACAUUUGGUUAUCAUUCACCAAGUCCUACCCCACCAUUGGAGAUUUAGGAUUUGGAUUGUCGAUAUUACCCAUUUUCAAAGUAACGAUAUUCCCAUAUUGCCGAUACACCUAUGUUAUUGGCUUAACCAUGUUGAUUUCGUUGUUGUUGUUUCCAAUCUUCUACUACUGUUGGAUUGUGUUAGGAACAGGUAAUUCUAAUUUCUUUUAUAGUAUAAGUUUGAUUUGGGGGGUUGUUCAUGUGUUGAUUAUCUUGGAUUUACUCUGGGGCAAGUUGGUUUACGACUAUUCCUUGGAUAACAAGAUUGAAGAUGUCCACAAGUUGAACUUGGCACAGAUAUAGAUGUUCAUAGUAAUCUUUGUAACGCUUUAGCUAACUGUAGUUAGUAUUCAUACAUAGUAUUGUAUGGUCUGGUACAGAGUGUUGUAUCACGUGAUAACAAACCUUCCAAUCAAGUGUUGUG